CCCCGAGAAAAAAAAGUAAACAAAAAAUUCUAUACGCAAAAUCUCUAAUUAUUAUAUUAAAUUCAAUGUGAUCGAUGUCCAAUAUAUUAAUUACUUUGUGUACAAUAAAGAUCGAAACAGUCGACGAUAUGGAAAAUGUAGACGACUCGCAAGCAACAGCAUCAUCAUUGGAAUCACCAACCGUACGAAAAGAACGUCGUGGACAAAGGAAGCCAAAGAAAAUUCAGAUUGAAACGUAUGCGAAUGUCUUGAAUGGUGAUGAGAAGACAAAAGGAGUUUUACCAAAAACCAAUAAGAAUUCACGGGAACAAACUCCACAGAAUGAAUCCUCAUCAUCAGAUAUUACAUGCAGUUCAGUUCCAGAUACACCAACAGAAGUGAAAUUUUUCUCUGGAAAUCCAUUUGUUGAACAGACGAAUGGAAUUUUACAUCUAUACAAGAAGAAUGAACGCGACAAUAUUCAAGACGGUAUUUCUCAAACAUUAUGCUUACUAGCCGUGCCGGCAACUUUAAGUUGUCACGAUAUUCUCAACUUUAUUGCACCAUGUCAUUCAGUCAUUAAUCAUGUUAGAAUCGUUCGUGACGGAUCACCAAAUCAAUAUAUGGUAAUUCUUGAUUUUCGUGCUGCUGAAGAUGCUUUUGAAUUUUAUCAAACUUUUAAUGGUGCUCCAUACAACAGCCUUGAACCAGAACAAUUAUGUCAUGCACUUUGGGUUUCAGCUAUUGCUUGGGAUAAUGAUGAUUCAACGCCACCAAAUCAUACAGAACUUCCCGUUUGUCCAGUAUGCUUGGAUCGUAUGGAUGAAAGUGUUGAUGGAAUCUUGACAAUUUUAUGUAAUCAUACUUUCCACUGUGGCUGUUUAUUGAAAUGGGGAGACAGCACUUGUCCAAUUUGUCGUUAUGUCCAAACACCUGAAAUCACUCAAAGUUCAGUUUGCAUGGAAUGUGAAGGAACUGAAGCAUUAUGGAUUUGUUUAAUUUGUGGGCACAUUGGUUGUGGUCGUUAUCAAGGUGGACAUGCUGCAAAACAUUAUCGUACUACAAAUCAUACAUAUGCUCUUCAAUUAGGCACUAAUCGUGUUUGGGAUUAUGCUGGUGAUAAUUUCGUUCAUAGACUUUUACAGAAUAAAUCAGAUGGUAAGCUAGUUGCAACGCAAUCACCCCAUAAUGAGCAUGCUGGAGAAGAGAAAAUUGAUUCAAUGCAAUUAGAAUUUACCUAUUUAUUAACAUCGCAGCUUGAUACACAGCGACAACAUUAUGAAGAUAGAUUAUCAAGGAUAGAAGCAGCAAUGGCUAAUGAUAAGCAAAGUAUUCUCAUGGAAACUGAAAAACUUAAAGAAAAUAAUGCUCAAAUAGAGCAGAAAUUGAAUAGUGUGAUUAAGGAGAAGCAGGCAAUCGAAAAGAGAAUGACAGCAAUGAGCGGACGUCUUGCUAUCGUACUUAAAGACUUGUCUGAAGAACGGCAAUUCUCUAAAACUUUACAAUUAAAUCACAAUGCAUGGCAAACAAAAUAUUCCAAUCUUGAAAAACAGUAUAAAGAAAAGGAAGCAGAAAUAGUCGAGCUUAAAGAUCAAGUGAAGGAUUUAAUGUUUUACAUGGAAGCACAAAAUACGAUCUCUAAAUCUGAAUUAAAGGAUGAAAUCGCUGAAGGGUCGAUUAUAGUCGGUGAAUCGAGUGGAAAUAAAAGUAAGAAUCGACGUAAAAAGAAGUAAAUUCACAAAUCUUUUUUGCUACAUACUUUAAGUAUCAAUAAAUAAACAUAGGGGCAAUUCCAUGAGUGAAAAAAUGCAAGUAAAAUUCUUUUUGAUCAAAAUACUCUUAAAAUAACACCUUUUUCCGUUCUUUUAAAAAUUU